UUGUCAACUGCAGCAAGUAUCUCUGUCAUGUGUCAUUUGCUCGUGGCUAGUCUUGUUAUGGUUCAUUAGUGGGGUGUCGCCGUUUGCUAGGAAUUAAGAAUCAAUUAAGCAAUGAUCAAAUUGCCAUUUGCCCGGAAAUGCUGCCGAAAUACAGUUGUGUGCGCUGGGCGUUAGAUUUAUCACAGUGGCGCCCGACACUUGCCGAGCUCAGCUUAGCGACUGCAUGUUUACAAGCCGAGGAGAAGGCUCGUCUCAUGAAAUUCUACUUCCGGGAUGAUUUCGAUGCAUCCUUAAUAGGGCGCCUGCUCAUGCGGAAAUUUGUGCGGGACACAACCGGAAUCGCUUACGAUCAAAUAAGAUUCGAGCGUGAUGGACGCGGCAAACCCUUCCUGGUCAAUAGCGUCUUGGGACCGUGUCGGAUCGACUUCAACGUUUCCCAUCAGGGCAACUAUAGCGUGCUGGCCGGAAUCGUUGAGAGAUCAAUUGCAGACGAGCCACCUGUGAAAAUCGGAAUCGAUGUUAUGAAAAUUGAGUAUUCAGGUGGAAAGCCAUUAACCGAAUUCUUCCGCCUGAUGACGAGGAACUUUUCCGACGCCGAGUGGAGAUUUAUCCGGAGCCGACAGUCUGAGGCCGAGCAAUUAAAAGCGUUUAUGCGAUUCUGGUGUCUGAAGGAGAGUUACGUCAAAAAUGUCGGUGUUGGGAUUACCAUGAAUUUACAGAAAAUAAGUUUCAAGGUGAAGACUGACGACGUAGCGAAAGGGAAGGUGGUUCAGGACACGGUCUUGGAGGUCGAUGGGAAUUUACUGACGAAUUGGUGUUUUGAGGAGCAUCUGCUGGACGAGCAGCACAGCGUAGCCAUAGCAUUUGAAAAUUUAGGAAAAAUGGCAGAUGAAGGCACAUUUAAAGUUUUAGGAUAUGAAGAGUUGAUGGAAGGCGCAUUGCCCCUAAUGGAAAAAGAUAAUUCUUAUUGUCAAAGGGUUUUGGAAAAGCAAUAUAAACGUUUCCAAUAAGAUACUCAGAUAAGCCAAUGAAUCUCAGAUUUUAUAAAUCAAUAGGAAAAUAAAAGUACUUUUUUACCGAUA